GUUUUCGAUUGCUCAUCGGGUUUCAGUGCGCGACGAACCUUUCCGCAAAGCAGACAGCGUGCAAAAGCUUUCUCACCAUGCAAAAGCUGUGUAGAAGCGUAUGGGCGCUUGGUCAACGAACUGCCAGAGGCGGCAACAGAGGCAUCGCUUGCCUGGCCGCCCUCUCAGAGACCCAUCAAAUCCUGCAAAAGACCUGCCGUGACUUUGCCAAUGCGGAACUGGCGCCCCAUGCGAGACGUCACGAUCGUGAGCAUCUGUACCCAGUUGAACAGGUGAGACGCCUCGGCGAACUGGGCCUCAUGUCGGUCACGGUGCAGGAGGAGUACGGUGGCACCGGUCUGGAUUACCAAGCCUAUGCAAUAGGCAUGGAGGAAGUGGCGCGUGGUGAUGCGGCCGUGUCGAUUGUGAUGGGCGUGAACAAUCUCUAUCUGGGUGCAGUGCAGCAGCAUGGCACCGAGGCGCAGAAGCAACAGUUCCUGGUACCCUACACCCAAGGUCAACACAUUGCCUUCUAUGCGCUGUCGGAGCCGGGCAGCGGCUCAGAUGCCAGCGCCGCCAGUACCACUGCAAAGCUGAAUGCUGGAGGGGUUUACCUGCUGAAUGGCACAAAGGCGUGGAUAUCAAACUCCAAGGAGGCCAGCGGUGGCAUCAUCUUUGCCACUAUUGAUAAAAGCCUCAAGCACAAGGGCAUAACAGCUUUUCUGACCGAAAAGAACGUGCCUGGCCUGGCUAUAGCGAAAAACGAGAACAAGAUGGGCAUGUGCGCCAGCUCCACGUGCCAGUUGACGCUCGACGAUGUGUGUGUGCCACAGUCUCAGGUGCUGGGAUCGCCUGGAGGCGGGUUUAGGAUUGCCAUGGAGUCCCUCGACUGCGGUCGCAUAGGCAUUGCCGCUCAGUCAACGGGAAUAGCGCAAGCGGCUCUCGAGCUGGCGCUCGACUAUGCAGAGAAGCGUGUGGCCUUCGGGCAGCGCUUGUCCCGACUGCAGAUGAUUCAACAGAAGCUGGCGGACAUGGCACUGCGCGUGGAGACGGCACGGCUGCUCACUUGGCGAGCAGCAUGGCUGAAGGAUAACGGAAUGUCUAUUACCAAAGAGGCAGCCAUGGCCAAGCUGCACGCUUCCGAGACGGCCACCUACUGCGCGCAUCAGUGCAUCCAAAUCCUGGGCGGCAUGGGAUAUACAACAGAUCUGCCAGCAGAGAUGUAUUACAGAAAUGCCCGCGUGACGGAAAUCUACGAGGGCACCUCAGAGAUACAGCGUAUUGUCAUUGCCAAUUGUGUUUUGCAAAGCAUUUCCAAUUAGUGUAAAUAAGUAAAUAAUAAAACGAAUUUUUGUUUGCGCAAUCUG